UUCCGGUCUGGUUCUGGUGUGGUUCCGGUCGGGUUCUGGUCGGGUUCUGGUCGGGUUCUGGUCGGGUUCGGACCGCAGUGAGGCCCAGCGCUGUGCGGUGAGCGUGGACAGGUGGAUUUAAAGUCCCAGGAUGAAGUCCAGAUGUCUCCUGUCCUCUGUGGACCGGCUGCCCACCAUCAGCGAGCUGCAGGAGGCCCACGCCCCCCACCAGGACCAGGACGAGUACCUGGACUCCAUCAAGGAGCUGUCCCAGCCGGCCUGUUUCCCGCUGCACGGGCCCCUGAGGGGCCGCCGGCCCUGGAGGGUCCGCGGCGGCCCCGUGGCCCCGCCCCUGUUCCUGAACGCCCCUUGGCUUCCUGUCGACCCCUCAGACGUGUCCUUCACCCUAACGGGGCCAUCGGGCUGCGACCCGUCGGUUAAACAGAACCUGCUGGACAUGCUGACGGCCCAGUCCCAGUUUGAGGGCCUGGUGUGAGCCGGGGCCCCCCGGGGACCCCCGAGUGCCCCGGAGGCCCCGGAGGGCGGAGCGUUUGGAGAAACCAGGAACAGAAACUCUCUGCGUGUGAAACGGAUUCCCUUUGAAGCUUGAAACAAAAGAUGAAAAGAGAACAUCAAGGAGAGAGCAAACAGUUGGAGAGGCGACUAAGUGGCUCCGCAGGGGUCCCACAGCAGCCGCAGGGGCCCCAAACAAUCUGCAUUUCAAUAUUUAGAGGUUAGCAGCAGGGUUUCUGCUUCUGUUCUGUUUUAAAUAAAAGCUGAGCUGUCAGGAGGUCGGACCUGAAGCGACACGUUCUCCGGUUCUGACCACUGAACGGUUCUGUUUGGACUCUGCUGGUUUUCUGUUUCCUUUCCACAAUCAGGCCCAGAAAUCAGGAAAACUGUGCAGAGUCACACAAACACACUGUGGAGAAAUCUGACCAUGUUUUACAGUAAAUACUCUUUAAACCAGACAUGGGAUGUAAAAAUGAUUUAUUGCUCUUUUCAUCUGAUGUUUUAUGAAUUUUCUGUCUUAUGAGGAGAAAAUGAAAGAUGUUUAUUUGUUGAGGAGAAAGAUAACAGUGUGUUUGCUUCUCUUGUUGACAACAUCAUAAUAAAUAAUAAAUAAAAUCAUCGUUACCUAA